UGCCCACUGAUUAUGUCAAGAAUUAUAAAGCGGGUAUUUGAUUUUGAACAAUUUGAAGGAAAUGUGCGAAAAGAGAAAGGAGUACGCUAGACAAUAUGUUUUCGAUGAAAAUAUUUGGAACUCUUCAUCUUCUAGUGCUUCGGAAAAAGCAGCGGCAUGGCGACGGCAGCUUAUUUUAUUACAAAAUCCAGAACAUAAUUUGCCAAAAACUGAAGUCUACGCACUGCUACAACAUCAUUACACUCGUUUGAAUUCAAGCACCCUAGACGAAUACAAGAAGCAACGUGUGGAUUCGGUAAGAUCGCUUCUGAAAAAGAAUAAUCACAUUCCUCUGUCCAUGGUUUAUAAGAAAGAUAAUUACGUAUUUGAAGACUCAGAUUUUGAGUCUUCAUGUAGCGGUAUUUAUGAAAGUUGUAAAAAAAUGGAAGUAACUGACGAAGAUUUAAGGCGUUUGCAAAAUUCAAGAUACAGAGAAAAAUCUGAAACACUCUGUAAUCAGAAUGAAGACGUGUAUCCGAGAAGAAGUGCAUUAAACUCUGGACAUCAACAAACCCAACCUAAACUUAUUGAAAGUGUUGAGGCAACGAACAAUAAAAUUACAAAAGAAUCCCAAAGCUACGGAAAAGCCAACAUUGAAGGACAACAACCGUCUAUUGGAGAAAACCAAUUUCGAACAGCUAGAGAAAUACUAUUGACUAAAACCAUUCAAAAAGCAAAUACUAAUGACAGCAACAGUCGCGACAAUGACAUGCCAAAUCCUCCCAAGAAAGCAGAGGUACCAAUGUAUUUUAAUUAUGGCAUAACAAAAAAGGUUUUGGGCUCUCGUAGGACAAUGAAGUCGGGACUUGUUUCACCAAUAGCAAAGGACAGUACAUUUACUAUGAAUUCAUCACCACAUCAUACCCAAUCACCACCAUUGAAUUCAACCCAUGAAGACAUUGAUGAGAGACUUAAAAAUAUAGAUUCAAAAAUGGUUGAUCUAAUUAAAAAUGAAAUAAUGCACAAAUAUAAGAACCUGGAUUGGGAUGAUAUCGCUGGUUUAGAUUACGUAAAAUCGAUUAUUAAAGAAGCUGUAGUAUACCCCUUACUSCGGCCUGAUAUAUUUACUGGUUUACGUCGUCCUCCUCGUGGUAUAUUGCUUUUUGGACCUCCAGGCACGGGAAAAACGCUUAUUGGUAAAUGCAUUGCUUCUCAAUCGCAGUCAACAUUUUUUAGUAUUAGUUCCUCUGCUUUGACAUCAAAAUGGGUUGGUGAAGGGGAAAAAAUGGUAAGAGCGCUAUUUGCCGUGGCUGCUGUUUAUCAACCGUCGGUUGUAUUUAUCGAUGAAGUAGAUUCUCUUUUGUCAAAACGCUCAGAAUCUGAACAUGAUAGCUCACGUAAAUUAAAAAACGAGUUUUUGGUGCAAUUGGAUGGCGCUGCAACGAAUGAUGAAGACCGUGUGCUUAUUGUAGGCGCUACUAAUAGGCCACAGGAGUUAGAUGAUGCUGCACGAAGGCGCUUUGCCAGACGUUUAUACAUUCCCCUUCCCGAAAUAAAUGCUCGAAUACUAAUUCUAAAAAAUUUGUUGGGAACUGUAUGUAAUGAUUUAGAUGAAAGUAAUAUACAGGAAGUUGGAAAUCAAACUAAGGGGUACUCCGGUGCAGACAUGGAUAUUCUUUGCCGUGAAGCUUCCAUGGAACCAUUGCGUUCAAUACCACCGGACCAGAUUCCCCAUAUAGUAAAAGAUAAGGUGCGCCCAGUAAAUAUCGACGAUUUUAUGUCAGCUUUGCAAAGUGUACGCCCGAGCGUGUCGAAAGAUGAUUUAGCUCAAUAUAUAGAGUGGAAUAAAGAAUACGGCGCAAUUCGACAAUUAAAAUAACAAUUCUGGAUAUCUGGUUGACUAAAAUAAUAUGGACUCUAAAACUCCAGAACACAUGCUAAAUGAGUAGCAGUUUGCGGACGCAGGAUAAAAGACCUGGGAUCCAUCUUUCCAAAUAGGGAUU